CACAUUCUUGUCGCUGCCGCCCAACGCAGUCAUCAACGCCGUCGUCGCCCCUGUCGCCCUCAAGCCUCGCCCAUUUCCGACAUUGCAAUGGCCUCAACAGAACUCGCCGCUACGUAUGCUGCCCUUAUCCUCGCUGACGAGGGCAUCGAGAUCACUUCGGACAAAAUUGUCGCGCUGACAUCAGCCGCGUCGAUCGAGCUCGAGCCAAUUUGGGCAUCCCUCCUCGCGAAGGCACUCGAGGGAAAGAACGUAAAAGAACUCCUGACGAACGUCGGCUCUGGAGGCGGCGCACCCGCCGUCGGUGCACCAUCGGCAGCGGCCGGCGGCGCAGCAGCAGCAGAGGCACCGAAGGAGGAGGAGAAGAAGGAAGAGGAGAAGGAGGAGUCAGACGACGACAUGGGUUUCGGUCUGUUCGAUUAGUCUCUGCAUUUUUUCUCCUCUGUUAUCCUACUGUAGCGCAUCAUGCAGCAACGCCAUGCUCUCUACUAUGUAUUGCUUGCGCGUUCCGCGACACAU